AUCAGAAGAGACUGAAAAUAGAGGAAAGGAAACAUACCCACCUCGUGUCCAUCUCUCUCUCUCUCUCUCUCUCUAGCCCUUCUCUAAGUCUUCAAAAACAAACAAAACCCAUUUCCAGAAACAAAAGAAGAUGACUAAAGAGAAGGUGUCAUGGAAGUAUCUGAUCACUGGCUGUUACAAGGGAAGGAGUCAGUCGGAGCCCAAGAAGAGGAUGACCAAGACUGUUUCAUUCCCGAGGAUAUCGAUGUCAGAUUUCAGCCUCCCGGGGACGCCGCUCAACUUCGAAGACAUCUCCAAUUCUCCUAUAGGAAGUAACCUUCAUAUCUUCACACUGGCUGAGCUAAGGACCAUAACACAGAACUUCUCCCAGAAUAAUUUCCUUGGUGAAGGAGGGUUUGGUCCAGUUCACAAAGGUUUCAUAGAUGAAAGGAUGAAGCUUGGCCUUCAACCUCAGAGAGUGGCAGUUAAGUUAUUGGACUUGGAUGGCUUGCAAGGCCAUAGGGAGUGGCUGACAGAAGUGAUAUUUUUGGGGCAAUUGAUGCAUCCCAAUCUUGUGAAGCUGAUUGGGUAUUGCUGUGAGGAUGAGAAUAGGCUCUUGGUCUAUGAAUAUAUGGUUAGAGGUAGCUUAGAGAAUCAGCUCUUCAGAAAUAGAUAUUGUGCUAGCUUGCCAUGGGCAACAAGAAUGAAAAUUGCACUUGGAGCUGCUGAGGGCCUGGCCUUUCUCCAUGAAGCAGAGAAGCCUGUAAUAUACCGUGAUUUUAAAGCGUCUAAUAUUUUGUUGGAUUCUGAUUACACGGCAAAACUCUCUGAUUUCGGGCUAGCGAAGGACGGUCCAGAGGGAGACAACACACAUGUUUCCACUCGAGUUAUGGGUACACAGGGUUAUGCCGCUCCUGAAUAUGUAAUGACAGGUCAUUUGACGGCAAUGAGUGACGUUUACAGCUUUGGGGUAGUCCUGCUGGAGAUACUAACAGGGAGACGAUCCAUGGACAAGUCCCGGCCCGUCAGAGAACAGAACCUCACUGAAUGGGCCAGGCCUUACCUCAAUGAUCCCAGGAAAGUGGACCGGUUAAUGGACCCUAGACUAGAUGGGCAGUACUCCAUAAAGGGGGCCCAGAAAGCAGCUCAAUUGGCUUACACAUGCUUGAAGGACAACCCAAAGUCGAGACCAACCAUGAGUGCUGUGGUGAAGAUUCUAGAGAAAGUGCAAGGCUUUGAUGAUAUCCCGGUUGGACCGUUUGUGUAUACGGUAUCUCCAUCUCCGACCAGAGAAAAACCGGAAAAUGAACCGGAAAAGAAAAAAGAGAACAAAGAGGGAACCAGAACACCGAAACUAGACGACGACGAUGGUGAUGAAGGAAAAAAUAAUAAUAAGAAGAAAAAGGAAGGUGAUGAGGAUGUAGAGGAUGAUGAAGGUAAGAAAGAUAAGAGUAACCACCAUAAACGCCGGCGAAGUCCUGGACAUCGGCACAAGUCAACAAUAUCUCCGGUCCACUCAGAUACAUCAUUGUACAAAUAUUUCAACAAUGGCUUGAAUUCUCCUAAGAGAAACCAUGGAGGAGCUAAGGAGGAAAUAUUUAAGUAAAGUAGGGUUUUGGCUUUUUUUUUUUUUUUUUUUUUUUUUAAACAAGAUCAAACACUGACUGUAUCAGUGUACAUAGAUAUAUAUACUCAGUGGGUCUAUAACACUGUUAAAGAGGAUUUUUUUUCC